AUGAAUUUAAGAAAGGUUUCUUAAUAAUCUUACUUCAAAUAAAAGACAUCUAAUUUAUAAAAAAAUGAUAUUAUUAAAGAAGAAUAAGAAGAAACAAAAAUAAGUUAAAGUAAAAGCUUUUUUUAUUUAAGAUUUUUUGAAAAAAUGUACAACAUAGACAUCUGCUUCACCUUACACUAAAAAUUCUUCAUCAUAAUGUAAAUAAGAAAUAAUCUAUAGUAUUUUAGAAAUUCAAAAAUUCAACACAUAGUAUAUCCCCUUUCCAGAAAUAUAAUAUUAAGGAAAAGGAUUUAAUUAGUACUGUAUCUCAGUUUACUAUUGAAAAUAAACAAGCAUAGUCAUAAUCUGAGUAGCAAGAAGUGAUAGACAGAUUACUGAAAUGGGGGAAAAAAAAAGAACAGAAAAUUAGAGAGGAACAAGAAAAAAAGGAAAUUGAAGAAAAGAAUAAAAUUAGUGACAAACCUGAAUUAACAAAAGAAACUCUUAAAAUAUUUGAUUCAGGAUUAAAGCAUCAUUUAGAAUUGAAUAGCUUUAUUAAAUUCAAACAUUAAUUCACUUAAAUAUCAAAUGAUUAUCCAUCUCUAAUAAAACUUGAAAAAUUAAAGAAAGGAAAAAAAGUUAUUAUAGAAAAUGAAGAGGAAAUUGAAGACAAACCUGAAAAUAUAAAUGAUAAGUCAACUUAAUAUAAAUUGAGUAAUUAAAUAUAAUCAGAAUCUAUUGAAUCUACUCAUAGAUAAACUCGUAGCAAAUCUGAUUAUACAUCAAUUCCAAUUCAUUUGAGAUAUGAAUAUGAAAUAAAACUAAAAAAUGCAAAAUUAAAAUAAAUGAUUGAUGAAAAAGAAAAGGCUUUCUAAUAAGAAUUAGAAUUAUCUAAAAGUAUUAUUUAUUUAUAUUUAAGAAUACAAUAGUACUGCAGAAUAAUUUGAGCAUUUCUUGAGUGAACAGGAAAACUUUUUGAAAAAGAAAUAACAAUUUUAUGAUGCUAAUCUAAAAAAAGAAUUAGAAAAAAUAUAAGAAAUUGACUCUCAAUUUUCAUAUAAACCAGAAAUCAAUUUUCCACCUACUUAAACAAAAGUUCCUAAAAAUCUGAAUUAAGAUGAAAAAUUUAAUGAAAAACUCAAUUUAAUUAGAGAAAGAUAAUUAAAAUAAAAAUAAAUCUAUUUUUUUAAAUCUACUUUACCUGAUUUAAGGAGAAAUAUUAAAAAAAAGUAUCAAGAUGUAAUUUCUAAAUUUUAUAAUAUAGAUUCUCCAUAAAAGUGACAAUUUUACAUCAUCUCAAAUUUAAUUUCAAACAGAAAGUUGA